UGCAUCAAUUCCGCAUCUUCCCGCACCCAAACGGCACUACGUUGAAACAGCUUGCAUACGAUCACUUCGCACCGAGGCCCUCGCAACAGUUAUUUCAGGAACGCAAUACUUGACCUCACACAGCGCAAUGGGGUUCCCCUCUGGUAUCGUUUUGGUUCUGAAGCGCGACUGGACUCCCGAAAAUCGGAUUUGCAGAAGUUUCCGUUCCGACGGCUCUGGGGGACCUUUCAUCCCAAAACCUAUCAUCCUGCAAAAAGGUUUCGUUGCCUGGCUUCCAAGACAAGAACCAUCCCGGAAACUCGGGGACUAUCGCGAAUGGGCUGCCAUCGCGCUCUACUACCCGUCUUCACCGGUUCUCUUGGAUUCAAAUAGAAGCGGGAGUAUUCUUUGGGAUUCCUUGGAGGACUACUACUACCCGUAUGAUAUUCGCCUGGCACAGGUUCCGGUCUCUUAUCUCAGCGCGGAAGUCUUUGUUUUUCGAGAUUUCGUGCCUGGAGUGCCCGAAUACGAUACUCUAGUCGCCCAACAACCUCAUGGAGAAGUAGGCAUCUUCUUGAAGGGCGACGUGGCCACGCACGAGGAAUUCUCCAUGGACCCUCCAAUGAUUCUCAGAGUCCGCGGUGCUGAUCGGACCGCCGAUGGACAAAGAAGACACUGUCUCAUUCCUUACAGCUUUGUGAGAUAUGGGAUCCCACCCGGCCCGAAGAACCGAAGCUUUGGUCCGAAGCUUUGAAAUAGUCUCUGAACUAUCUCGGAUUGACGAUGGCAUCUAUAUGCGUUUGUCUCGAGUCGGCAAUGGCUGCAUGUUCUGUGGGAUGUUUAGGAAGCAGGAGAAACGAAGUCGGGAACAAGAAACCUUCGCAGGCCAGGCGAACUAUAGCUCUCACAGCUUCUGGAGCAGGAUAGAUCAACAGAACACCAGGCUGAACAGCCCCCCCCCCGUACCCC